AUAAGUAGAUACUUUCCUGCACAUGCUCAAUUCAUGAAUAUUCAUCCUUCAUCGUAAACCAUCUCAUUUUCUCUCCUUAAUUACUUGUUCUGGUUCACGAUAUUGACGUUGUUCUUCUCGUCGUGAAGGACUAGACCAUCUUUUUUUAGUUCAGAAAGAUCACCGACCGUUCCUUUUACUGGAGCCCUCAGUCCCUGGCUCCCUACCAACGUAACUGCCUAGGCGGGCUGCUAGGUGCUCUAGGUGUCUUUUUGCCCCGUGCGCGCUGCGACCGAAACAUCGACUUUCGAUCAUCCAUCUUUCUUCUUUGUUUUCUGUUCAAACCUCCCGCUUCUUGAACGCUUCUUUUAUUGACGAUUUUGUAUCGUCAAUUCUUCUUUCGCCAUGGCUGCAGGUCAUACGCGCUACGUGCGCUAUAUUGCGCUCGCGCUUUUCACGCUCACUAUGUUCUACUUCUUCUCCAAUUCCAAGAUCGAUACCAUCCCCGUUCCUGGCAGUGUCGGUAACUUCCCAGGCGGCCCUGGAAGCCCCAGCAACCAGCAGCAAGCUCCUGGCACCAUCCCCAAAUCCCCUGAUGCCGGUAACAACGUCAACUUCCCCGGCCAACAAGCACCUGCUGCCGAGGAGGGAGACACUGCUCUCACCAAGGACGAUGCUCCCGCUCAGAAGCCCGCCGGCGAGGGUGCCGGUACUGCUGGCGAUGCCCCCGCUGUUCCUGCUCCUCAGACUCCCAAGGAGGGUCCUGCUUCAGGCGAGCUUGCUGAGGCUCCUCUGGCUAUGUCCCCCAACGACCCUGGCUGGAACAACCUCCAGGGCACUGCCCCCGGUCCCCGUAUGAACGCUACAUUUGUCACUCUUGCUCGAAACCAGGACGUCUGGGAGAUUGCCGAGUCCAUUCGACAGGUCGAGGAUCGUUUCAACCGCCGAUACAACUACGACUGGGUCUUCCUCAACGAUAAGCCUUUCGAUGAGCAGUUCAAGAAGGUCACCACCUCUCUCUGCUCUGGUAAGACUCACUAUGGUCUGAUUCCCGAGGAGCAUUGGUCUUUCCCUGAGUGGAUUGACCAGGAGAAGGCCCGCAAGGUCCGUGAGGAUAUGCACGAGCGAAAGAUUAUCUACGGUGACUCCAUCAGCUACCGUCACAUGUGCCGAUUCGAGUCUGGUUUCUUCUUCCGACAGGAACUCAUGAUGAACUACGAGUACUACUGGCGUGUUGAGCCCUCUGUCAAGCUCUUCUGCGAUAUCCACUACGAUCCUUUCCGUGUCAUGCACGAGAACAACAAGAAGUACAGUUUUGUUCUCUCUCUUUACGAGUACAUCGACACCAUUCCUACCCUCUGGGCUAGCACCAAGAAGUUCAUGCAGAACCACCCCGAGCAUAUCUCUUCCGAUAACUCCAUGCGUUUCCUCAGUGAUGACGGUGGUGAGAACUACAACAAGUGCCAUUUCUGGUCCAACUUUGAAGUUGGUAGCUUGUCCUGGCUCCGAAGCAAGCCUUACCUCGAUUUCUUCGAGUCUCUUGACAAGGACGGCGGUUUCUUCUACGAGCGAUGGGGUGAUGCUCCUGUCCACUCUAUUGCUGCUGGUCUUCUCCUUAAGAAGGAGCAGAUUCACUUCUUUGAGGAUAUCGCCUACUACCACGUUCCUUUCACUCACUGCCCCACCGACGAGCAGCGACGUCUGGAUCUCCGUUGCCACUGCAACCCUGAUAACAAUUUUGACUGGAAGGGUUACUCUUGCACUUCCCGAUUCUUCGAGCUCAACGGCAUGGAGAAGCCCAAGGGCUACGAGAAGCAGCAGUAGACAAAACAUUAUUAACGCGGGGUUGUAUAGGGUUAUAUUGUACAGGUCGUAAUGCUCGGUAGAUUGUCUGCAUGAUUUCUGGGCUGCACACAAUGGGUCGGCAUUGGGUGAUGUUCUUACGGGAACCAACAACAGGCGUCUGGGUUUGAAGUACUUUGGACAGCUUUUGAUCAUGUAGAGUGUAUGAAUCAAGAAUGUUCUGGGAUCAUUUGAAUGCUUUCUUAAAUGCUUGAAAUAGUGUACAAUAUCAUUACAUGGCCGCAGCC